UUGUUGCCUCUCUUGGGCUCUUCUCUUUGUAUCCGGCUUUUUCCCUUUUGCUUUUCGGGCUCAAGUGUUCUAAGUUGCAGGAUUCCGUAAGCGCAAGCGCACGCGCGUGUGUUACGCACGUGCGGCCAUGCUGCGAUGGGCAGCAUUGGCGGCAGUGCUCGCAGCCGCCGUUUGUGCAGACGAAAGCUUUGACCAUGCUGUCUCUGUAGAUGCUGAUGGACGUACGAAUGAGUACUCACAUCAUUUGGAAUCAGAGCCUUUGAGUCUGAGUGAAAUCACUCCACAUUGGUCCUUGGAUGAUGCAGCUCUCCUUCCACAACAACAUGUGACGAACAGCCAGCCGAGCCAAUCGGAGGAGGAUGAAUCAGCUGAUGAUGAAUCAACUGAUGAUGAUGGUGAUGAUGAGGAGAGCUCAGAGGAAGCGGUUGGGACCGAAAAAGGGAACUUCUCCUUUUCGUACCGUCAACACGUGACAGGCUCCACACCCACCGGACCGUUAGGAAUCGGCACGCCAUCGGUGGGUUUGAACAUGAUCUUGGAUACGGGGAGCGACAAGUUCGUGGCAAAGACCUGGUCAACCAUCAAGGCAGAGCUGGAUAAGAUCGAUGCCGGUGCUUCAGAGGAGGUCUUCCCGGGAAACAAGAUUUACAACCACAACUCGUCCAAGUCCUAUAUGCAACUCUUUGCUUCUCAACAUGGAAGGAAAGUCCCACGUCAGGGAUUCAUUGCAUAUGGAAGUGGCAUGGCCAUCACCUUGGAAGGCAAAGAGACCAUUCGUGUUGGAACUGAUGAGAGGUUUAUAAGCAUGCACAAGUUUCCCAUCUCCGAGAUUAGCCUGGACUCCCUUCAGAUUUUGCAUUCUUCGAAAGGAAUCUCAGGUAUCCUUGGACUUCAGCAUAUGAUGAAUCGAUCAUUGGGCCAGUCCUUCUAUUCCGUUCUCAGGGACAAAGGGAUCUUGAAUUCUUUUGGCUACUGCCGUGGCAAAGACAAUGAUGGUACCUUCAUUUGGGGGGACAAAUCCUCUGAUGGCAAAGCUGUGGAUGUGGCUGGGCAAAUGCAUUGGGCAGUGACAGUGAAGAACAUGCACGUGAAGAAGCACAAGCAUCAUGCCACCUCCUUUAUGGAGCGCUUUGAUGCGCGGAGCAGCGACGAGGAGGAUGCGGAUGUAUUCUUAGAACAAGAGGCGAGUGGGAUCGACAGUUGUUUGUUCAUCGUGUGCGAGUGUUUGGGAACGCACUUGGGCUUUCUGGAUCGCAACUUGGUCGUUUCACCACAGACUGUGUCUUGGUGUCACCAUCAUCCGCAGAACCACUCGCACUCCAAGUUCCAUAAGUUCCACAUCUGUCGGAAAAGCCAAUGCGUGGCCGUGAUCGACACUGGAUCCAAUAUCAUUGCAAUGCCAUCCGAAGCUGUGAGGACUCUAACGAAGAUCUUGGAUGUUGCCACUGAUUGCUCCAACAUGGAGCACCUGCCGAAUCUUCACUUCGUGCUCGGAGACGACAUGCACGUCUCUUUGCCACCAAGUGCCUACAUCAUGAAGGUUCAAAUGCCAAGGCUGAAAGAGGAUCCCAACUCCCAAGCGGAGGAUUCGGAGAUGAGAAGCGCCACCUCCGAGAAUGCGGAUGCCAACCUCGAGGAGGACGAUGACGAUGAAGCGAGUGACGAUGCCAAGGCUGUGGGAUCCACACGCUUCCGGAUGGCUCGACGUCAUGAAGCGGCUGAACUCACAGAAGAAGAAGCAAGGGAAGCACAAGAAGCUCAAACUCAGCGCUACCAGGCACAAGUGGACUCCUUGGUGGAGGAUACAUAUCGCGAACAUGGUCUGGAUCUUCGCGCGGUGCUUCGAGUUGACCUUACCCAAUUCCUUCUGAACUCUUCGACAUUGUGCAUGCCUGCUAUAGUGCCUUUGGAUCGCGAAACUCAGAAGGGAACUCUUCUUGUGAUUGGUGGCCCUCUCUUUGAAAAGUACUAUACCAGGUGGUCUUGGCCCACUGGGGAAAAGCCAAAAGUCUACAUGAAGAAUCUUCACAAAGCAGAGACUUGCAUGGUGAAGGAAGAGGAAGAAGAGGAGGACACCGGCGGCAGCAAAAGCUCAGCACCCAAAAUGACGGUUUGGCGGUCCCACCAAAAGGGGCGAAUGAUUCGUGCAGAGAAAAUCAAGCAAAGACAUUCUGCGGAGCUGAGCGAGAUGUCUGCAACUCUGAAACUUCGAGAGAUCAGCCUGGAUGAGAUUCGGUAUCCGCACUGGGCCAAGUACAUUGAUGAUCUCUGACAGCCAUGAGCAUCAGUGCGAAAAGAAUGAGAUUCUUUCUGGC